AUGGCCGCGCGCCGUUUUGGGCUGUACACGAAUUUCUUUUGUUGUCACAUUCCAUGGGACAAACUUACUUUUACUGGACGUUUUAUAUUUAUCGAGGAAAGUGUUCGGGGGACAAGUCCAAACAGAUUGUUAUUUCUAAUUAAAUGUGUUUUUUUCAUGGCUUUGGACAUUACUUUAUGUUUUGUUGCAACUAUCGCCUCUUAUCGUUUACUUGCUUGGGCAUUAUUUACUCCAGCUGAAAGAGGAUUUUAUUGUGAUGAUGAAAGUAUUAGAGAAGAAUUUAAAGAAAAUACAGUCCCAACACUUACACUUCUUGGUAUUACAUUGGCCGGUCCUUUUUUCAUUAUUGUCAUUGCCAAUUUUAUAAUUAAAAUGAGACAGCAGAAUAUGGAAUUGGCUGAAACAUUUAAUCGUUCAACUUUUGUUUACCUUGACUAUCUCGCUGCUUUUUGGCUUACUACAUUGUCGAUUGACAUAAUUAAAUGCUUUGUUGGAAGAACUAGACCUAACUUUAUUGCAAUGUGUGCGCCGCAAGAGUUUAAUGAUGUUUGCAUUGAACAUCCUGAAGUUUUCGUCCCAAUUGCACACUGCACAACUGGUUGGAAAAAAUCGCGUAAUUCAAAGCUCAGUUUCCCCUCUGGACACGCUGCAAUUUCUGUGUUUUCUACACUUUUUCUUUUUUUCUAUUUGAGAGGCUUACAGAGACGAACUUCUGAUUUUAUAAUUAAAUUAUUAUUUGUAAUUGUCUCUUCCGUUUUUAUUUCCUUUACUACUUAUUGUUGUAUAUCACGAGUGACUGAUUUUUGGCAUUUUCCCACUGAUGUUCUCGGUGGGGUAUGUAUAGGUUCGUUAUUAUUUCAUUUACUUUUACACAAAUAUUACGAGACACGUCCACAUUCCAUUUAAAUUUAUUUUUUUAUAAUUAUACCAAAUAUUU